GAUGAUGAUGAUGAUGAUGAUGAUGAUGAUGAUGAUGAUGAUGAGUAUGCUGAAGAUGAUGAUGAAUCGGAUUAUGAUAAUGAUGAUAAUGUUGAGUUUCAUGAUACUGAAAAUGAGGAAUAAUCGGAUGACGAUAAUGAUGGAAACGAUGAUGGUGAUUCGGAUUAUGAUGAUGAUUUUGAUGAUGAUGAUGAUGAUCAUGAUCAUGGUGAUGGUUACGCUGAAGAUGAUGAUGCUUCGGAUCAUGAUAAUGAUGAUGAUGUUGACUAUGAUGAUGCUCAACAUGAUGUUUAUUCGGAUGAUGAUGAUGACUCGGAUGAUGAUGAUGAUGAUGAUGAUGAUGAUGAUGAUGUUGAGUAUUCGGAUGCUGAUUCAGAUAAUGAUGACUAUGAGAAGGUUGUUUUUGAUGAUGAAGAUGAUGAUGAUGAUAAUGAUGAUGAUUCAGAUUUUGAUUUGUACGAUAAGGGUGAGGAGGAUAAUGAUGAUGACGAGGAUGUUUCGGUUGGUGAUGUUGAUGAUUGGAAUGAUGACUCGGAUGAUGAUGAUGAUGAUUCGGAUAAUGAUGAUGAUGUUGAUGAAGAUGGUUCGGAUGAUGAUGUGGAUGAUUCGAAUGAUGAUGGUGAUUUUGAGAACAUUCAGAGGAUAA